GAGACGGUCCAAGCAUCUAUAAAUGUAGGGUCUAUCCCAAACUCCAGUCUUCAGUAUUCACAUCUUUGUGAAAUGACUGUAAGAAGGAUCACCAUGCUGAUUGCUCUUCUCGUUGUUUUGCUCGCCUUUUCAGGCCCAAUCAAAGGAGAAGAUGACUUGGGCGGAGGUGAUGGCGGUGACUUGGCCCCUCCUCCUAAUCCAGGGGGCAGUCAUUUGUCUCCUCCACCUCCUCCAUCUCCAAAGAGCCAUCCACCUCCACCUCCAAAGACUGAUUUGGCUCCUCCUCCACCUCCUCCAUCUCCAAAGACCAAUCCACCUCCACCUGCACCGAUCCAGCCGCCACCAGGACCCUGUGCGGAAGUGAGGUCGUACAGAGGGCCGUGCGUCAACAUGGUUUGCGCUGCCGCUUGUAUCGCAGAGUUGCAUCAGGGCGGCCACUGUCGUGGGCAUAUUUUUACUGGUGGUUGCUAUUGUUUCGUGUGUUCGGUAGCAAAGUCUGGCCCAUCAUUACAUUGAUGCGGAGCAUGCAGAAUGUGGUUAUAUGUUUUCGAUUGGUUCGAUCAAAUAAUAAAGGAUGUGGUGAUUACAGUGUU